AUGCACAUCAAGAAAACCGCCUAUCUGCUGCCCCCUCGCGUGGACCUCCCAGAGCGCUGCGACCUCCACCAUCAAGGCCUGUUAGGAAGGAUUGAUGCAGAACUUCGUAACGGCCAGGAAUCAGCACGGCUAGGGCAUAUACCGAAUGUAGAAGGCAAGCACCUCAACAAUGAUUAUGGUCGACAGGCCGAGACCUUUUUCGGCGACGUACCUGACUCCCAAACACACCCCUCUCAGCCGCUUCCUUAUCGUCCUCGACUGCCGACCCCGCUCAAGCCACCGGCGUCAGUCCUAACGCCGACGACACAUCAUACAUCAGGAGCUGAAGCUCCGCAAGCGCCGAAACAACCUGCCUCCCGAUCACCUUGCCAAAAGUACAAAUCCACGAGAGAGUGCGGCAACCAAGUCAGAACUUCAUUCUCAGGCUGCAAGCGACAAUACGAAGAUGCUCCGGAGAAUCUCGCAAAUGCCCAUGUCACUCGACGUGAGAAACCCGAGCAGCAUGUGCAAGUCCAGCCUGACAAUGAGGCUAUUGGUACCCAAAUAGCCAGGAUAGCUUCUGAACAAAUCGAGCAUACGCAGCAAAGACCUGCUUUCAAUACCAAGCCGGCCGUAAAUAGGCGCCCUACUGGUGAAUCUGCCAAGAGGAAGCGCAGUGAGGAACGCCAACCGUCCAGGUGUGUGGCAGCUGCGCCAAACAAUAACACAAACCAUGGUAAAGGGAAGCCUGUGGAUCACUCGGAAGACGAGGGCGGAUCCGGCAGUGAGAGGCAACCUCCCAACCGGAACUCGCGUAAGGGAUCAAGAUCAAACAAGCCAGCGAAGGGACUGCCAUUUCGUUGUCCCAUGUUUGCUGCAGAUCCCAAUGCAGAAGCCGGCAGAAACUGUAAGGAGUGGCACAACGCCUCCAUCGCGGAUGUGACACGGCAUGCAUUGGUUGAUGCUGGAGAGGGUACUGCCAAAUGGCAGCGAAUCAAGGAAUUAUCUACGAAACUUGCUCCCAAAGAGCGCUGGAGACGAUACUUUGUCAUUUUCAACAAUGGUCAGGAGGAUCCCGAGAUGCAUCGGCCAUACUGGGGAGGUGCGAACCCCGACGACACGAUAAAUUGGCUCAUCAGGUGUGCCACGGCCACUGUUGAAACCGACGCAGGCUCAGCUACGACAGCAGUGAGACUACUACUCGAAUAUCAAACGCUAAUGGCGAGGAGAGAGCAGCGCGACAGCUCCGCGAGAGCUCGGGCUGACGCGACGAGGGCAGUUGCUACGCAACUGGAGCAAGCUGAGCUGUUGCAGUCGCAGCGUCUAUUUGAUGAAGAACUUGCGACGCUGUUUGCUCGCAUGGGUGAUGUUUCUCCGGUUCCUCCGACUGAUCAACCAGACAUCACGACGACCGCUACCCUGUCCGCAGCUAACCAGGUCCUCUACCUCCAGGGGCUCGCAUUGCCUGAGACGCCAAUGCAACGAACAACCAGUGGGCAGAGCACGAUGAACGCUGCUUUUGACACACCUUUUAACGAACCUGCUGCGGACCCCGAAGAAUUGACGCUCCCAUCACAAUCGCCGUUUCCUUCCAGUGGCAGAAACCCUGGCAUCGGCAGGCCGAAUGCUUCUGCAACCGCACCAUCACUUCUCAAGCAUUUCAUAGCCGACGUGGACACGGUAGUCGAUUCCAACACCGACCCAAUGACACGCCAACAGGUGCAGUCGUGGCAGAACAGUCAGUAUCAACAAUCGCAAACGCUGCGCCCUCCGCAACGAGACCAACAUCGUCCUUCCCACUCGGCGUCUGGUUCUUCGAGAAGAAAUGCGAUUGGACUGACCAGCUCCAAUAUUUCGACACAACAGCUUACUCCUAUAAGCAGCAGCACCACCAACAGCCUCCAGCCACCCAGAUAUGCUGCCCCGAUGUUCGGAUCUGACGAUAAUGGCGGUAACUACAUGGAUUACGAUACGACCGAAGCACCAUCAUAUUAUUACGGAGACGAACAUCCACUGUACGGGCAUAUGCCGCGGACACAAUGA